AUGGUUGACUUUCCUUAUUCCAGUGCUCCGUUACGUACGGUCAAAGAAAUCCAAUUUGGUAUUUUUUCUCCGGAGGAAGUUCGUGCCAUCAGUGUUGCCAAAAUCGAGUUUCCAGAAACUAUGGAUGAAACUGGCCUUCGUCCAAAAAUUGGUGGUUUAAAUGAUCCAAGAUUAGGUUCGAUCGAUCGUAAUUAUAAAUGUCAAACAUGUGGGGAAAGUAUGAAUGAUUGUCCUGGUCAUUUUGGUCAUAUCGAAUUGGCCAAGCCAGUUCUACAUAUUGGAUUUAUUUCUAAAAUCAAAAAAGUUUGUGAGUGUGUCUGUAUGCAUUGCGGUAAAUUAUUGUUGGACGAAUAUAACGAGCAAAUGAGACAGGCAAUUAAGAUUAAAGAUCCUAAAAGAAGAUUUACUGCCGUUUGGACCUUGUGUAAAUCCAAAAUGACUUGUGAUACCGAUGUUCCAUCAUUGGAUGAUCCAACAAUUUAUAUUUCCAGGGGGGGUUGCGGUAAUACACAACCAAGUAUUCGUAAGGAUGGUUUAAGACUAACUGGUACUUGGAAAAAAGACAAAGGUACCGAUGAUACUGACCAGCCCGAACAAAAGGUUUUAUUGCCAGAUGAAAUUUUAAAUGUUUUUAAACAUAUAUCUAGAGAAGAUUGUUGGAGAUUAGGCUUUAACGAACAGUUUUCUCGUCCAGAAUGGAUGAUUUUAACCGUUUUGCCGGUUCCGCCACCACCAGUUCGUCCAUCGAUUUCCUUUAAUGAGUCACAAAGGGGGGAGGAUGAUUUAACUUAUAAGUUGGGUGAUAUUUUAAAAGCUAAUAUUAACGUCCAGAAGCUAGAGUUAGAUGGAUCUCCACAGCAUGUUAUUCAAGAUAUCGAAAAGCUAUUGCAGUACCAUGUUGCUACGUAUAUGGAUAAUGAUAUUGCUGGUCAGCCUCAGGCUUUACAGAAAUCAGGUCGUCCCGUCAAAUCUAUUCGUGCACGUUUAAAGGGUAAGGAAGGACGUAUUAGAAACAAUUUGAUGGGUAAGCGUGUUGAUUUUUCUGGAAGAACGGUUAUUUCUGGUGAUCCAAAUUUAGAGUUGGAUCAAGUUGGUGUUCCGUUAUCUAUUGCUAGGACCCUAACAUAUCCAGAAAUUGUCACGCCAUAUAAUAUUGACCGUUUAACACAAUUGGUACGUAAUGGACCUAAUGAACAUCCUGGUGCCAAGUAUGUUAUACGUGACAAUGGUACGCGUAUUGACUUGAGGUAUAGCAAAAGAACUGGUGAUAUUCAGUUGCAAUACGGUUGGAAAGUGGAGCGUCAUAUUGUAGAUAAUGAUCCAGUUUUAUUUAAUCGUCAACCUUCUUUGCAUAAAAUGUCUAUGAUGGCCCAUAGAGUAAAAGUCAUGCCAUAUUCUACCUUUAGAUUGAAUUUGUCUGUUACCUCUCCUUAUAAUGCGGAUUUUGAUGGUGAUGAAAUGAAUUUGCAUGUUCCACAGUCUGAAGAAACUAGAGCAGAGUUAUCUCAACUAUGUGCUGUUCCCUUACAGAUUGUUUCUCCACAAUCUAAUAAGCCAUGUAUGGGUAUUGUUCAAGAUACGUUGGCCGGUGUCCGUAAAUUAACGUUAAAAAGUACAUUUAUUGAAUACGAUCAGGUUUUAAAUAUGUUGUACUGGAUCCCUGAAUGGGACGGUAUUGUUCCUCCACCAACUAUCAUUAAACCCAAACCGCUAUGGACUGGUAAACAAGUUUUAUCGAUGGCAAUUCCAAGCGGUAUCCAUUUACAAAGAUUUGAUGAUGGUACUACCAUGCUUUCACCCAAGGAUAAUGGUAUUUUAAUCAUUGACGGCAAAAUUAUGUUUGGUGUCGUUGAUAAAAAAACUGUAGGUUCAUCUAGUGGUGGGUUGAUUCAUGUUGUUACCAGAGAAAAGGGUCCUUAUGUUUGUGCAAGUUUAUUUGGUAACAUUCAAAAGGUUGUAAAUUUCUGGUUUUUACAUAAUGGGUUUUCUAUUGGUAUUGGUGACACAAUUGCAGAUGAAAAAACGAUGAGAGAAAUUACAGAGUCCAUUGCUGUUGCCAAACAAAAGGUAGAAGAAGUUACCAAGGAGGCACAAGCUAAUUUACUAACAGCUAAACAUGGUAUGACUUUACGUGAAUCUUUUGAAGAUAAUGUCGUUCGUUUCUUAAAUGAAGCUAGAGAUAAAGCUGGCCGUUCUGCGGAAGUUAACUUGAAGGAUUUAAAUAAUGUUAAACAGAUGGUAAGUGCUGGUUCCAAGGGUUCCUUUAUUAACAUUGCUCAAAUGUCGGCCUGUGUCGGGCAGCAGUCUGUCGAGGGUAAGCGUAUUGCUUUUGGUUUUGCUGAUCGUACUUUACCGCAUUUCUCCAAAGAUGAUUAUUCGCCAGAGUCUAAAGGUUUUGUGGAAAAUUCCUAUUUGAGGGGGCUAACACCUCAAGAAUUUUUUUUCCAUGCGAUGGGUGGUCGUGAAGGUUUAAUUGAUACUGCCGUCAAGACUGCAGAGACUGGUUAUAUUCAACGUCGUUUGGUCAAGGCUUUGGAAGAUAUUAUGGUUCAUUAUGAUGGUACCACCAGAAAUUCUUUGGGUAACAUUAUUCAAUUUAUUUAUGGGGAAGAUGGUAUUGAUGCAAGCCACAUAGAAAAGCAGUCUAUCGACACUAUUUCUGGAUCUGAUGCUGCAUUUGAAAAACGUUAUAGAAUCGAUGUGUUAAAUCCUGAGCAUGGAUUAAACCCAGCGUUAUUGGAAUCUGGUUCUGAGAUAUUGGGUGAUGUCAAAAUACAAGCCAUUUUAGACGAAGAAUACAAGCAAUUAUUGAAAGACCGUUCGUUUUUAAGAAAAGUGUUUGUUGAUGGUGAAAAUAACUGGCCAUUGCCAAUUAACAUUAGACGUAUAAUUCAAAAUGCACAAAAUACGUUUAAAAUUGACCGUACACGCCCUACGGAUUUGACGAUACCGGAAGUGGUUAAUAGUGUAAAGGAGUUGCAUUCUAAGUUAUUGGUCCUACGUGGUAGGAGUGAAAUAUUAAAAGAAGCGCAGGAAAAUGCCAUUACUUUGUUUAGUUGUUUGGUUCGUUCUCGUCUUGCUUGUCGCAGAGUCGUAGAGGAAUACAGAUUGAAUAGAGAAACUUUUAGAUGGGUUUUGGACAACAUUGAAUCGCAAUUUUUAAGAUCUGUUGUGCAUCCUGGGGAAAUGGUGGGUGUUUUAGCUGCUCAAUCUAUUGGUGAGCCUGCCACACAAAUGACACUAAACACUUUUCAUUUUGCAGGUGUUGCUUCUAAGAAAGUUACCUCAGGUGUUCCUCGUUUAAAGGAAAUUUUAAACGUCGCUAAAAAUAUGAAAACUCCAUCCCAAACGGUUUAUUUGGAAGAAGAAUAUGCCGCUGACCAAGAAAAGGCUAAAUUAAUUAGAUCUGCCAUUGAGCAUACCACUUUGAAAAGUGUUACGGUUGCCUCUGAAAUUUACUAUGACCCAGAUCCACGUAGCACCGUCAUUGAGGAAGAUGAGGAAAUUAUCCAGUUACAUUUUUCAUUGCUUGAUGAAGAAACAGAAAGAACUUUGGACCUACAAUCACCAUGGCUAUUACGUUUGGAGCUAGACCGUGCUGCUAUGAACGAUAAAGAUUUGACCAUGGGUGAAGUUGGUGAGAAAAUUAAAGAAACAUUUCAAGACGAUUUAUUUGUCAUAUGGUCCGAAGAUAAUGCCGAUAGGUUAAUUAUUCGUUGUCGGGUUGUGCGUGAUCCAAAGACAAUGGAUGAAGAUAUGGAAGCUGAGGAAGAUCAUAUGUUGAAACGAAUUGAAAACAACAUGUUGGAAAGUAUUACUUUACGUGGUGUUGAAGACAUUAGUCGUGUUGUUAUGAUGAAAUAUGAUAGAAAGAUUCCAAGUGCAACUGGUGAAUAUCAUAAAGUUCCAGAAUGGGUUUUAGAAACAGAUGGGGUUAAUUUGUUUGAAGUUAUGACGGUUCCAGGCGUUGAUUUUACCCGUAUUUAUACUAAUUCGUUCAUUGAUAUAAUGAAUGUCCUUGGUAUAGAAGCUGGUCGUGCAGCUUUAUAUAAAGAAGUUUACAAUGUUAUUGCAUCUGAUGGUUCCUACGUUAACUAUCGUCAUAUGGCUUUGUUGGUGGAUGUCAUGACAUCUCAAGGUUUCUUGAUGUCUAUUACUCGUCAUGGGUUUAACAGAUCAGAUACUGGUGCCCUAAUGAGAUGUUCCUUUGAGGAAACAGUGGAAAUUUUGUUGGAAGCCGGUGCUUCUGCUGAGUUGGAUGAUUGUCGUGGUGUUUCUGAAAAUGUUAUUUUGGGUCAAGUUGCUCCUAUUGGCACUGGUGCUUUUGAUGUGAUGAUUGAUGACGAUUCAUUGAUGAAAUAUAUGCCCGAACAAAAGAUUUCUGUUGGUGUGGAUGAUGGUGCAGCUACUCCUUAUAGUAAUGAUGCCGGGUUGGAAACUAGUGAUAUUGAAAUUAAGGACGAGUUAAUGUUUUCUCCGUUGACCGAUUCUGGCUCUAGCGAUGCUAUGGCGGGUGGGUUUACUGCCUAUGGUGGUAGUGAUUAUGGAUCCGCUACAUCACCCUUUACCGGGUAUGGUGAUGGUGGUAUGUCUCCAGGAUUUGGUUCUCCUACAUCUCCUGGAUUUUCUGCUACUUCUCCAUCAUACUCCCCUACCUCGCCUUCGUAUUCGCCUACCUCCCCAAGUUACUCACCUACUUCUCCAAGUUACUCACCUACUUCUCCAAGUUACUCGCCUACUUCUCCAAGUUACUCACCUACUUCUCCAUCAUAUUCGCCUACGUCCCCAAGUUACUCACCUACUUCACCUUCAUAUUCUCCCACCUCACCUUCAUAUUCACCUACAUCUCCAAGUUAUUCACCCACUUCCCCCUCAUACUCGCCAACAUCGCCAAGCUAUUCACCCACCUCUCCAAGUUACUCACCAACAUCACCAUCUUACUCUCCUACGUCUCCAAGUUAUUCACCAACAUCACCAUCUUACUCUCCUACAUCCCCAAGUUAUUCGCCUACCUCUCCAAGCUACUCGCCUACUUCUCCAAGUUACUCUCCUACUUCGCCAUCUUAUUCACCAACUUCACCAAGUUAUUCUCCUACAUCACCUAAUUAUAGUCCACCAAGAUCCCCAACCUACACAUCGAAUAAACAAACUGAGGAUAGUGAAGAUAAUGAAAAAUAA